CAGCCUCAAGAACAGAUACUUAACAGACGAAAAAUGGAGAAAAUAAAGCAAAGAUGGAUUAGAUCGCCAAUCUCUCUCUCUCUCUCUCUCUCUCUCUCUGCAGCGGCAUUUGAAUGUUCCGGGGCUUUCACAUUACAUGGAGGCUAUUAAUAAAAGACAGAGAAUCAGCUCAAAUUGUGGUCUGAAACUACAAUCUUGUACGAACACUCCUAGCAGAUUCUCAGCAAAGAUUGAGGAUGACGCUUUACAUGCCCCUCUUCAGAUUAUGCACCACCUUAAGAGCUGUUUCUCAACUCCAUGCUCAUCUCUUUGUCACUGGACUCCACAGAGACCCUUCUGCUUCAACCAAGCUCAUUGAGUCAUAUGCCCAAAUGGGCACUAUUGAAUCUGCCAAACUAGUUUUUGAUCACUUCCCAAAUCCAGAUUCUUUCAUGUGGGGUGUACUGAUCAAGUGCUAUGUGUGGAACGGCUUCUUUGGAGGAGCCAUUUCGCUGUAUAAAAAGAUGAUGUGCAGUCAGGCCCAUCUCACGAACUUCAUAUUUCCGUCUGUGUUAAGAGCUUGUUCUGGAUUUGGAGAUCAGGAUAUUGGUCGAGAGGUCCAUGCGAGGAUAAUUAAAUGUGGGUUUGAGUCGGAUUCUGUUGUUGAGACCUCAUUGCUUAGCAUGUAUGGCGAAGGAGGUAGCUUGGAUAAUGCUCGUCAAGUAUUUGAUGGAAUGUCUAUUAGAGAUGUUGUUUCAUGGAGUUCAAUUAUAUCGAGUUAUGUGCAGAAUGAACAAUCAAGUGAAGGGUUAAGAAUGUUUUCUGAGAUGAUCGUGAAAGGUCAGGAACCUGAUCCCAUAACUAUGUUUGCUGUGGCUGAGGCCUGUGCUGAAUUAGGUCUACUGGGACAAGCAAAAUCAGUUCACGCUUAUGUUGUCAGAAAAGAGAUUCAGAGUAAUGGGGCACUGGAUAAUUCUCUGAUUGCAAUGUAUGGAAAAUGUGGUGACUUGUACAGCUCAGACGUAAUGUUUGACAACAUUAUUCACAGGACUACUUCUUCAUGGACUGCGAUCAUCACUUGCUACUAUCAAAACGGGUGCUACGAGGAAGCAUUACAUGCUUUUGUUGAGAUGCAAGAAUCCAAUGUGCAACCCAAUGUAGUGACUAUGAUGGGAAUUCUAUCUUGUUGCGCUAGACUUUACUGGCUCAGAGAAGGGAAGUCGGUUCAUUGUUAUGUUAUUAGAAAAGCUAUAGACCCUGAGUGUGAUCUUUUGGGUCCAGGAUUGAUAGAUUUGUAUGCUAAUUCUGGGAAAGUAAAAUAUUGCCAGAAGCUCUUUGAUACAGCUGAAGAGAAGCAUAUCUUGUUGUGGAAUAUGAUAAUAUCAGGUUAUGCUCGGAAAGGACUGUCAAAGGAGGCCUUGAUGCUGUUUGUGCAAAUGCAGAGUCUAGGAAUAUUGCUGGACUCUUUCACUUUAGGAAGUGUUCUUUCAGCAUGUGGAGAUGUCUGUUUUUCCCAAUUUGGACUUCAGAUACAUGGUUGUAUCAUUAAAACCGGCAUCUCAAAUGAGUUUACGCAAACUUCACUGAUUGAUAUGUAUUCAAAUUGUGGGUUUAUGGAUUCGGCAUAUAGGAUAUUUGAUGAGGACCAAAAGAGAAGCACUGUAACAUGGAAUUCUAUGAUCUGUGGAUUUUCUCAAAAUGGGAAUUCUGUACAAGCAAUUACCCUCUUUGACCAAAUGCACUCAAAUUGCCUGGCAAUGGAUGAAGUGACCUUAUUGGUUGCAGUUCAAGCUUGUUCAAAUUUAGGACAUUUGGAAAAGGGAAAAUGGGUUCAUCAUAAGAUCAUUAACUACGGUAUAGAGAAGGAUACAUACAUUGAUACAGCCUUAACUGACAUGUAUGCCAAGUGUGGUGACCUUGAGAUGGCCCGGAGAGUUUUUGAUACCAUGUCAGACAGAAAUGUAGUGUCAUGGAGUGCCAUUAUAUCUGGUUAUGGGAUGCACGGAGAGGUUGAAACUGCUAUCUCACUUUUUAAGCAAAUGGUAGGAUCUGGAAUAAAACCAAAUGAAAUCACUUUCAUGAAUAUUCUAUUUGCUUGUAGUCAUGCAGGAUAUGUGAAAGAAGGGAAGUCAUAUUUUAGGUCCAUGAUGAAAGAAUUUGGUAUUAUUCCAACGUCUGAACACUAUUCUUGUAUGGUUGACCUUCUAAGCCGAGCUGGUGAUCUUGAUGAAGCAUAUAGAAUUAUUCGUACUAUGCCAUUUCCUGCAGAUGCCAGUAUUUGGGGUGCUCUGUUGAAUGGGUGUCGAAUUUAUAGGAGGACAGACAUGGUUAGAAGCAUUGUAGGAGAUCUUUUAGAUAUACAGACUGAUGAUACAGGAUAUUAUACUCUAUUAUCUAAUAUAUUUGCAGAAGGGGGUGACUGGGAUGAGUUUAAGAUGGUGAGAUCAACAAUGAGAAAUACAGGUCUGAGGAAGGUCCAUGGGUACAGUGCAAUUGAGGUUGACUAGAAAGUUAACAGAUUCAGCAAAGAUGAUGAGUCUCAUUCCAGAGCAAAUGGAAUUACUUCUUACUACCAAGGGUUGUAACCUCAUUGAAAAUGCACAAAGUAUGGACUCAGAGGUCACGAGCUCGACUUCCACCUUCUGCUCUCUUAUGUGAUUAUGCAUGCAAACUCACUUUUUGAUAGUGGUCUCAUACCUGGAAACCUGGAGAGACAUUUUCUUUUCAAUUAGCAUCUUGCUUAGGGUCAGGUGUACAUCUGUUGUUCACCCCGGUCUCUUGAAGGCCUAACAGGAAUAGGAGGAGUUUCCAAGGUCGUAUUCUGGCAAGGAGUGACAUAGGUUACACUCCCCUUACCCCUUACAUCUAGAGGGGGAAAAGAAAUAACUGCUCAUUUAAAAACUAAGAGAGUUUUCCUUUGAUAAUAUUCUCCUAAUAAAUUUUCAGUAGUUAUAUUGGCUACUUUCCCAAGGCACAGUGUUAGAAAUCAUAGUAUGGUGUUGGCUGUUGGGAAUUGUAUUUGGACAUAGCAAGAUCAAUCCUGAAUAAUAAACACACGUAUAAGUGCCUUCAAAGUGACCAUUGAUAAGAAUAGAUCCAUUGCAGGAUUGCAAAACUAGAAAGGCCUAGCUGCUUCUUUCACUUCAGUUGUUUGCGUGUGAUAGCAAACUUGUGCAAGGGUGGCAGUAGAUUUUUCCUUAAUUAGAUGAAGCAAGCCUGGGGAUAUGGGUGUUUGUGGUUUGAGAGGAACAGCUUCUAUGGCAGGCAGAGAGACACUUUUGGGGUGGCUGCAUUUGGCGACAAGUACUUGGAUGACUAACCCUGAGCCCUGGAAGUUAAUGCCUUAGAGAAUAACCACAACUUUUAUGCCCUUUCAGUAUUAAUGCUGCAGGGUUUGAGGCUCUUAUCAUAUUCUGAACACAAGUCACAGUGCCCUGAGGAAAAUUGGAGUGGCUGAGGAUGUGGAUUAGGCCUUCUUUUGGAUAGGAGGUUCCUUCAGUGGCUCCUUCAAAUCCUAGAAGAUGUAUGCUCCAAAUCUUAACCAAUCUUGUCUCAGGCUGUCAGGCCUUUGGUAAACAAUAGAAAGAAAAGGAGGUCAAAUAGAAUGGGCAUUGGAAUGAAAUAUUUCAUUUCAUGAAAGGGGUUGUUUUUGAACAGACUAUUGGUUGUAGCUCAGUUUGUUUGACAAAAAAGGAGAAUAAACCUUCCAAGCAUAGCUGAAAGUCAAUAACUGGAAUGACUCAUCUCAUUCAAGGCUGGGGUUGAAGUUGCCUGACUCUCCAAAUCCAUCCUGCACAGACAUCUUUUUGGGCUAACCUGGUCCAAUUCUUUUGGUGUAUUGCAUGCACCUGGAGUUUACUUAUAUAAUGGAUGCAGGUCUUCAUUACAAAACAGCCAAUAAACAGAAACUAUAGAGGAGAAGAAAAUUCUCCCGGGUCAGUUUUUGUACAGUCCACAUUGCUUGUAUAUUUACUUAUAUGUUAAGACAACCGGCCCCGGGGG